UCGGCGCAGCGCCAUGGGGAGCCCCCGGGCCGCGCUGCUCCUGCUGCUCCUGCGCCCGGUCAAGCUGCUGCGGAGGCGCUUCCGGCUGCUGCUGGUACUCGCGGUGGUGUCCGUGGGGCUCUGGACUCUGUAUCUGGAACUGGUGGCGUCGGCCCAGGUCGGCGGGAACCCCCUGAACCGGAGGUAUGGCAGCUGGAGAGAACUGGCCAAGGCUCUGGCCAGCAGGAACAUCCCAGCUGUGGAUCCCAAUCUUCAAUUCUACCGUCCCCAGAGGCUGACCCUCAAGGACCAAGAAAUUGGCCAAAGUGGGAACAGUAACAACAGCUACUUGAGGUGGAACAAACCCGUACCCUGGCUCUCAGAGUUCCGUGGCCGCGCAAACCUGCACGUGUUUGAAGAUUGGUGUGGCACUUCCAUCCAGCAGCUCAGGAGGAACCUCCAUUUCCCACUGUACCCGCACAUCCGCACAACCCUGAGGAAGCUGGCCGUGUCUCCCAAAUGGACCAACUAUGGCCUCCGCAUCUUUGGCUACCUGCACCCUUUCACUGAUGGGAAAAUCCAGUUUGCCAUUGCUGCGGAUGACAACGCUGAAUUCUGGCUGAGCCGUGACGACCAGGUCUCAGGCCUUCAGCUGCUGGCCAGUGUGGGCAAGACUGGAAAGGAAUGGACGGCCCCUGGAGAGUUUGGGAAAUUUCGAAGUCAAAUUUCCAAGCCAGUAAGCCUCUCAGCCUCCCACAGGUACUACUUUGAGGUGCUGCACAAGCAGAACGACGAGGGCACCGACCACGUGGAGGUCGCGUGGCGAAGGAAUGACCCUGGAGCCAAGUUCACCAUAAUUGACUCCCCUUCCUUGUCCCUCUUCACAAAUGAGACCAUCCUAAGGAUGGAUGAGGUGGGUCACAUCCCACAGACGGCAGCCAGCCACGUGGGCUCCUCCGACUCCUUUGCCAGAGAUGAGCAGCCUCCUGCUGACAUGCUUCGGCCUGACCCUCGGGACACCCUCUAUCAAGUGCCUCUGAUCCCCAAGUCCCAUCUCCGCCACAUCCUGCCUGAUUGUCCCUACAAACCUAGCUACUUGGUGGAUGGGCUCCCUCUGCAGCGCUACCAGGGCCUCCGCUUUGUUCAUCUGUCCUUUGUUUAUCCCAAUGACUAUACCCGCCUGAGCCACAUGGAGACCCACAAUAAAUGUUUCUACCAGGAAAAUGCUUACUACCAGGACAGGUUCAGUUUUCAGGAGUACAUCAAGAUUGACCAGCCAGAGAAGGAGGGGCCCAAGCAUCCAGGUUUUGAGGAGGACCUUCUAGAAGAAUCCCAGUAUGAAGAAGUGGCAGAGGAGACCCCUGCCUCCCAGGACCAGGAGACCAGGAUACGAGAGGGAAAACAAAUGGUUGCCUCUGUCCCCGGCCAGGAGGUCACUGACUACCGCCUCCGAAGCCUGCGGAAGCUCCUGGCUCAGCCUCGGGGGGCCCCGCCGGCUCCCAUUUCCAAGCAUAACUCCACUGGUCCCUUCCCAGUGAGGGCCAGUGACAUCCCAGUCCUGUCACCAGCGAGGAGGAAGAGAAAACCUACCCCUGAACCCAGCCGAGAUUCACCUCAUUCUGACAAACGGGCCCCUGGGAACCUGCCUCGAAUUAAGAGMCCCAGGCCCACUGGUGACCGACCCCAGAAAACUCUAGAGCAGUCCCAGUGGCUGAACCAAGUGGAAUCCUACAUUGCAGAGCAGAGAAGGGGUGACAGGAUGGAGCCUCUGGCCCCRAAAUGGGGUUGGCAUGGAGAGGAGGAAGUGGUGGCGGCUGCAGGCCAGGAAGGACAAGCGGAGGGAGAGGAAGAGGGGGAAGAAGAAGAGGAAGAGGAUAUGAGUGAGGUGUUCGAAUAUGUCCCUGUGUUUGACCCAGUAGUAAACUGGGACCAGACCUUCAGUGCCCGGAAUCUCGACUUCCAAGCCUUGAGGACGGAUUGGAUUGACCUGAACUGUAACACAUCUGGCAAUCUGCUGCUUCCAGAGCAGGAGGCCCUGGAGGUCACACGGGUCUUCUUGAAGAAGCUCAACCAGAGGAGCCGGGGGAGGUACCAGCUGCAGCGCAUCGUGAAUGUGGAGAAGCGUCAGGAUCAGUUACGUGGCGGUCGCUACCUCUUGGAGCUUGAACUACUAGAACAAGGCCAGCGCCUGGUGCGGCUCUCCGAGUACGUGUCCACACGAGGCUGGCAAGGUAUUGAUCCAGCUGGUGGGGAGGAGACGGAGGCCCGGAAUCUGCAGGGCCUGGUCUGGAGCCCACACAGACGUCGGAGACAUGUCCUGAAUGUCCGGGAUCCAGAGCCCAAGCUUUGCUGGCCCCAGGGUUUCUCAUGGAAUCACCGAGCUGUGGUCCACUUUGUCGUGCCUGUGAAGAACCAAGCACGCUGGGUGCAGCAGUUCAUCAGAGACAUGGAGAACCUGUUCCAAGUCACCAAUGACCCACACUUCAACAUCAUCAUCACUGACUAUAGCAGUGAGGACAUGGAUAUCGAGACAGCUCUGAAGAGAUCCAAGCUGCGGAGCUACCAGUAUAUGAAGCUCAGUGGAAACUUUGAACGCUCAGCUGGACUUCAGGCUGGCAUAGAUMUGGUGAAGGACCCACACAGCAUCAUCUUCCUCUGCGACCUCCAUAUCCACUUCCCUGCUGGAGUCAUCGAUACCAUCCGGAAGCACUGUGUGGAGGGGAAGAUGGCCUUUGCCCCGAUGGUGAUGAGGCUGCAUUGCGGAGCCACCCCACAGUGGCCUGAGGGCUACUGGGAGGUAAAUGGAUUUGGGCUGCUUGGCAUCUACAAGUCAGACCUAGACAAAAUCGGGGGCAUGAACACUAAGGAGUUCCGAGACCGCUGGGGUGGAGAAGACUGGGAGCUGCUGGACAGGAUCCUCCAAGCAGGCCUGGAAGUGGAGCGUCUUUCCCUCAGGAAUUUCUUCCAUCAUUUCCAUUCCAAGCGAGGCAUGUGGAACCGACGCCAAAUGAAGAUGCCGUAGUCCCUGGAGCCACAUGCAGCUCCUUGACUUGCUGUUGUUCCCCAGCGCCCCUGCUCGCUGCUGGAGAAGGGGAGGGCAGGGGGGCAGAAGCGAUGGCUAGGCCCCGAGAGGCCUCAGAGCCAAUUCCCCUUUCCACCGGGAGCUGUCCCCUCAUGCAGAGACAGGUGCCAAGACU